UACUCCAAACCCACUUAGAUAAGUCACCGAUACCCUCUGCUACUAAAUAGAACCUCUGGAUAAGAUUGAUCAAACAUUGCUCCUGAGUCAAGUACCACAUAAGUUUAGCUCAAGAUGCGGGUGGAGCGAGAGGACGAGACGAUACCAAUCCAAGAAGCUCAAAGGUGCUGGCCACAGUGCCACACCACACAAGUUCAUACGUAGCUCAGUCACGCGAGUGCACCCUAUCUCACUCACGCUUCCGUGUUUGUCGAGUGCACCCUAUCUCACUCACGCGCGCACGCACCGGCUGGAUAGAAAGAGGGGAGAGAAAUCCAUCCAGCGCCUUCGAUGAAUCCCACAUCCCUAAUCACCCACCCACCAACUCGACACCGCCUCCCCUCACUAAUCCCGCGCCGCGCCGCGCCACGCACUUAAUCCCCUCUAUUUAUAACCCCACCACCCCUAGGCCCAGUACCAGUAGAGAGAGACCGACACACCCACACCCACACCCACAGCGGCAGAGCGCCCACGCCGCAGGCAGGCGCGCACCGCAGCGGCAACCAACCAGCCCCCACACCCCCACCCCCGCCGAAUCGGCUGCGCGGGCGCCGCCAUGGAGAGGGAAGCCACGGCCUUCUACCCGCCGGCGCCGGCGCCGCCGCAGCGGCCGACGCUCGCGCAGCCGCUCUCGUCCCGCGCGCCGCCGUCCGGCGUCACGGUCGCCAGCGCGGGGCGGGGAGGAGGGGGAGGGGCGGGCAGGCAGUACCGCGGGGUGCGCAUGCGCAAGUGGGGCAAGUGGGUGGCCGAGAUCCGGGAGCCCAACAAGCGGUCGCGGAUCUGGCUCGGCUCCUACGCCACCGCCGUCGCCGCCGCCCGCGCCUACGACACCGCCGUCUUCUACCUCCGCGGCCGCUCCGCGCGCCUCAACUUCCCCGACCAGCUCCUCGACGGCGCCCCCGCGGCGCCGGGCGACCUCACCGCCGCCGCCAUCCGCAAGAAGGCCGCCGAGGUCGGCGCGCGCGUCGACGCGCUCCACUCCGGCGGGAUCCUUGUUCCCGGCGCCCCUCUCCCGGCCCCGCCGUCGUCGCCGUCCCAGCGCCGCCGGCCCAAGAACCCCGACCUCAACCGGGAGCCCACCCCCGACACCGACGACGACGAGUGAACCUCGCCCGCCCGAUUCUUCACUUCUCCUCCCACCACCGCCUACAUACAUACCUAGCACCAGCGCCUCUUAAUUAGUCCUUAGCAGCAAUCAGCAGCCAGCCAGCCAGCGAGCUAGCUAGCAGUAGCAGCAGAUCAGCCAUCUCAGUGAGCAAGCAAUCAGAUACUAGUACUAGUUCAGUUCAGUGCACAAGAAGAAGAAAGGCAUGGGGAAGCAAGCAAGCAACCGAGUGUGGAUCCGACACGCAAGGUGUUCGGUGAAAUGCCGGGCGAGCUCGGGGGCCGACCCGACCAAUAAUGGAGCCGCGACGUCGCAGUCAGCUCGGCCAGGAGGUUAGUAGUAACUAAGUAGGGACCGGCCUAGGUUACCACCGGCGUCCCCCUCCCGUGGGAUGUCUGUCCGGCCGAGGCGGCGACGGCGACUGCGACUGCGACGGUGAGCGAGCAUGGUAGCAGUAGUGGACACAGGGCGGGCAUGCUGCUAAGCGAGGCGCAUGCAUGUAGCUCCCUUGAGAAGUUGAGAUAUAAAAGAAAAGAGUGUUUGUAAAGGAAAGAUGCCGGCAAACAAGAAUCGAUCCAUACAUGCAAACUC